AUGGGUGCCAAUGAAUCUGGAGAAAUCAACAUCCAAGACGCCUAUAACUGGUACAACAAAUUUAUGAAGGAUUGCCCAUCGGGGCAAUUGAGCUUGUAUGAAUGCAAAGCCUUUCUGGGUCUGCAUGGUAUGAAUUCAGAGGCAGAAUAUUAUGUUGAUCAAGUGUUCAAUACUUUUGACUUGAAUAAGGAUGGUUUUAUUGACUUUCUGGAAUUUAUAGCUGGAAUAAAUCUCAUCAUACGAGGGAAAAUCGACCAAAAAUUGAAAUGGUAUUUUAAGCUAUAUGAUGCUGAUGGAAAUGGAGCUAUUGAAAAAAAAGAACUUCUAAAAAUAUUCAGGGCAGUUCAGGCUAUCACAGGCUACUCUGAAACAACUCCUGAAGAGUUCACAGAAAUGGUAUUCAAGAAGAUAGACAUCAACCACGAUGGAGAACUCUCUUUAGAAGAAUUUGUCAAUGGUGUGGAGAGUGAUGGGAAUCUUUUGAAAAUGAUUUCAAAGAUCUUCGACCUUUCCAAUGUACUGAGAAUUAUACAAUGCGGGAGAAAAAACACUGUCUGA